AUGGUUCGAGAGAAAGUCAAAGUAUCUACUCGGACACUACAGUGGAAGUGUGUUGAAUCAAAAAGAGACAGUAAGCGUCUUUAUUAUGGACGCUUUAUUCUGUCUCCACUUAUGAAAGGCCAAGCCGACACAAUAGGCAUUGCGAUGCGAAGAGCUUUACUUGGCGAAAUAGAAGGAACAUGUAUUACACGUGCAAAAUCUGAGAACAUACCACAUGACUAUUCUAACAUAGCAGGUAUUCAAGAAUCAGUACAUGAAAUUUUAAUGAAUUUGAACGAGAUUGUAUUAAGAAGUAAUCUAUAUGGAACGCGCAACGCGCUUAUUUGUGUCCAAGGUCCUGGAUAUAUAACUGCUCGAGACAUUAUUUUACCGCCCGCUGUGGAAAUCAUUGAUAAUACACAGCAUAUAGCUACCUUAACAGAACCAAUAGAUUUGUGUAUUGAAUUAAAAAUUGAGAGGAAUCGCGGAUAUAGUCUAAAAAUGUCAAAUAACUUUGAAGACAGAAGUUAUCCUAUCGAUGCUGUAUUCAUGCCUGUUGAAAAUGCCAAUCAUAGUAUUCAUUCUUAUGGGAAUGGGAAUGAAAAACAAGAGAUUCUUUUUCUAGAAAUAUGGACAAAUGGAAGUUUAACUCCUAAAGAAGCACUUCAUCAAGCCUCCCGGAAUUUGAUUAAUUUAUUUAUUCCUUUUCUACAUGUAGAAGAAGAAACGUUCUAUUUAGAGAACAAUCAACAUCAAGUUACUUUACCCUUUUUUCCUUUUCAUAAUCGAUUAGUUAACCUAAGAAAAAAAAAAAAAACAAAAGAACUAGCCUUUCAAUAUAUUUUUAUUGACCAAUUAGAAUUGCCUCCCAGAAUCUACAAUUGUCUCAAAAAAUCCAAUAUACAUACAUUAUUGGACCUUUUGAAUAACAGUCAAGAAGACCUUAUCAAAAUUGAACAUUUUCACGUAGAAGAUGUAAAAAAGAUAUUAGACAUUCUAGAAAAAAAAUAG